AUGCGAUUUUUCAUCUUAAUUUGUUUCAUAGCAAGCGUUUCUUCGUCUGUCGAUAGAUUUCUAAUCAAUUCUAUCGAUAAUUGCUGGGCAAUCGAGACAAAUAAUACCAUCACAGAUGCAUAUAGUGCACUGAUUAGUUUCUCACCCAUACUUGCUGAAAAGAUCGAUCCUUGUUCAGUACAUAUAACUAAUCCAUGGAUAUCAGAAAUACAAAAUGGCUUUGGAAUCUAUCUUCCUCAUGGUAUGGAUUGCUCAUCGAUUAUAACUAUCGAAUGUCUACCAGGCAGUGCUCUCUUUCAACACACAAUGCCUUCAUCUGUUCAAUAUACAUGCCGAACGAAUACAAGUGGUAUCGUCAUGCCGUGUAAUUCGAUUUCAUUAACAUCGAAACGGAAUGUCACUUAUCAAGGAUCGAGACGGGUCGUCGAUGUUCAACUUGUUGCGUUAGCAAAAGAACCAUGCAUGAAUAAAGAUCUAUUCUUUCAAUGUCCCAAAGAUUAUCCUCGUUCAUGUAUUGCUCGAGAACUUCGAUGUAAUGGACGAACCGAAUGUUUUAGUGGGGACGACGAAUAUCACUGUGAACAUUCUUAUGGAGAAGGUUAUCUUCCACUAGGACUGAUUAUUCUUCUGAUAAUAGGAUUUCUCUUUGUUGUUUGUAUUGUAUCAACAAUUUUUGCAUGUUGUUUCUGUCGGGCUGCAUGCCAUGCAAUUAUUCGUCGUUUUCAUCCAUCGAAAAAACAGAAACUGUUUCAAAAAAAUGAUACGACCAUGAUUACGGGUGAAGAUGCUGGUCUAAUGAGAGGUCUUACCACAUCGCAUGUCGUUGAGACUCUACCUCAACAACAUACUGAACCGGCACCAUUAAUUAUCGAUUCAACAAAACCUGUUUAUCCUCAUCUCUCAUGA